CUUCUUUCAGUAUCGGGUUCGACCAAAACACGACGGUUUGUUGAUAAAUGGCGGCAUUAUUUCAACCGGAAAGAUAAAGUUCUGAAGACAGCUUUGGGGAAUGAAUUAAUAAUGAAAGCCCUGUGCCAGCCAAGAUGAAGGAAGACUGAAGAAUAUUGACUAUACGAAUACUCAGUAUAAUAUACUAGGCUGUGAGUGAAGCAGUCAUGCAAUCGGUAUUACACAAAUAGACAGUCAAAAUCUUCAGUGAUUUUAAGGCGGCACUACCACCAAUGAUGGGGGACCUCCUAGAGUACUUUGAGGCCAAGAACCACUCUCUGGACAAAGUGGACGUCAGUCACUCGGUCAGCUUGGACAGCAAAUUCACAUCCUGUAUCACAUUUAAUGGCAUCCCAAUCUUACCACCAGUGAUGACACAAAGAAGACGAGAAGAAAUGUCCGGAUAUCGCAGACAGGCCGUUCAGAGAGAAACUCGUAGGAGGUCCAAACAGCGCCUGCAGCUAGUGGCCAAAGUCCAGUCCAUAGUGGCCGAGGUUGAGGAGAAGCGUUCUAGAGCACUAUCUGACUCCACUUGUUCCUCUCCGGUCGGAUCUGACAGCGCUGCUUCAUCCAGGGUAUCUCCGGGUCCGAAUUACCGAUCUUCCCCCUCGGAACCUCCAAAGUCAGGAUCUGGCUCACAGUCAAGGCUUCAGGAUCAAAGUAUAGAGGACUCCCAUAGUGUCAUUACAAAGAAGGAACACAAGGAUGUUCAAAGAUCUCAGGCACCUGAGAAAUGUGAAAAGACAAAUAAACCAACACCAAAAACUGAAGUUAAACAAAAUGUAAGUGGAAAUGCCAGUAAACUUAAGGGUGCUUCUAAUAGUACAAAAUCUCAGACAACAGAUACAGCAAGGGAAAAGAGUGACUCAAAGACAGUGAAGUCCGCUCCUGUGAGCAGUAAACAGAAACAGUCACAAAUACCCAAACCAGUUUCAAGUCAGAACCAGAAUAAGGCUUUAAGUAACCUGAAAAGAGCUAGCUCUAUGUCUUCCCUUCCCAAUUUGGCUAAAAUUGAGGGUCUACCCACUCCUAAACCUCCAAAUUCCCCUAAAACCAAGCAGCAGUUGAGGAGAGCUCGGCUUGGAAUGUCAGGACAGUAUUCUAUAUCUCAGCCAGAUCUGAGGGACAUUGACAAAUCAGACUCUGAAACAUCAGUGUCUUCACAUUCACAGGUGGAGGAAAGUGCUUCUCAGAAACGAAAGAAACUUUUAUUGUCUACACAGCACAGUGUGUCUAAUCCAGACCUGGUUAAUACUGGUUUGUCACCAGAUAGAAGUCUGUCUGCUGAAGAGCAGAUGAAGGGCAAAAUGUCACCUAAAACAAAAUUGAAAAGUUCCACAAGUGUUCCAAAUUUAACAAUGGUGGGUAGGACCAAGAAAAAGAAGACUCAUUCCCAAAGAGAUGCUGAAAAAUCAGCUGCCCAAAAAUCACAACAGAAGCCACUGAAAAAUUCUGGUGAAGGUGCAAAACCUAAGAGUUCUUCAAUACCUAUUAGUAUACCCAUUGAGGUAGACAAUAGAGAAGAAAGACUAGAUUCUCUGUCAGAUUUCACAUCCUUGGACAACUGCAAUUCUCUUCCUGAAGAGUUUGCAGGAAUGCCUUUGUCGUCUGUAAGACAACAGCAGAUCAGUCAUGUGCUUGUAAAAUUAUCCCAAUGUCUGAACAUUCAGGACACCAUGAGUACACUAAGUUCUACCGUUUCCUCUGGACAUGACACUGCAGAAAUUAGACAGCAGAUAACCGAUCAGAUUUUAGCAUCAGCAGGUAUUAAACCAGGGUCUGUACAGGCUCAACAGUUCUUAAAUCAAUAUAACAUACAACAAGGUUCAUCCGAAAAUCCGACGGAUGAUUCUUCAGUGUCGAACGCUCAGACGCCACCUUCAUAUGAUUCUAGUAAUGUGAGUUCUGAACCAAUUAGCUCAAGCAGUGGAGGAAAUAGAACCCAAACAAGUAUAGCAUCUAACUCCAUUAUGAGUUCUGGAGGAUCUGCCUCUGGUGGACAACAACAAGGUAGAAGGUUGAGUCCAAAAGGAGGCAAGAGUAAGGUGCAUUUCUCUUCAUUUUUAACAGAGAUUAGCACCAGUGCAAGUCAGUCCUUGGAGGGCAGGAUUUCUGUCAGAAAAAUGGACAUUACACCUCAGAACAGUCCAAGGGUUAGUGUCGAUACUGUGGAUGGGUUACAGACAAUUGAUUCACAAGAAAAACUGAAACUGAAGAUUGUGCCAAAAAACUCCAGUGACCUGGGAUUGGGCUCUGGGCCUCAGGUCAACUAUGAUAACAAUUCCGAGGAACCAGAGUCCAUGUUGAGUAAAGUGGCCCUUAGUCCAGAAACUUCAGAGUCCUCCCCAGGAACCCCUAAGGAUAUAUUUAGUAAAGGUCUUCCAUUUCAUGGAUAUGGUAAUGAACCAGAGCAUAAUACUUCUGAUAAGGAAAAUGAAUUCAAGGAGAAAUCCAUGGUUGGAACUUCUGAAGGAUUUGUUCAGACAAAUGUGUCUUCAUCUUCCCAUGUUGAUACUCAAGACAUUGUGAAAGAAAGUGUGAAAUCUGAUGAAGGUUCUCAGUGCAGCACACUCAAAGCUAGUCAAGAUUUAUUAAGAAGUAGAGAAUCAGGUGUUGAAAACAGUAAAUCAUCAGCUUCAGAUUUAAAAGGUGAAAGUCAAACUUCAUAUUCAGAGAAAAAUUUCGAGGGCAUUAAGAGCAAUCAAACGGGACAGCAACAAAUCAAGCUAGUGUCUCAUGAUAAAGGUACAUCUCAGCAUGCUUCAGUCACACAAAAACGGACAAACGCAGCAGACACUACAUGCAGAGCACAAACUCAGGGAAUCCGGAGUAAGGCUGAAGCAAAGCGUGCGCAGCUGACCUCUCAGCAAGGUCAGCAGCCCUCUCCAGCCGUGUUGCCUGCUGAGUCUCACGAGUUUGUCUCGAGUGGUGCAGCAAGUAAGGGACCAUCUUCACGGUCUGCUCAGAAGAGGUUAGACAUGGAUGUUGAAAGAAACAAUGGAUAUACAGGGUCACAUGCACAGAACUUCUCCUUGGACACUUCCACAGAACAAGAGGGCAAAGCUGAGCAUAUACAAAGAUAUUUGACUCAUGUUCAAAGCCAGCGUGGAGCUUCUCCUGUGAAUACGGGGAUGCUUCCAGAAAUGGCCCCCAUUGGAACCCCUGCAGACAUCACAGCAGCCAUUCAGUCAUUUACAUCAAGUCUUCAGUCACUAGAGAAUAUGUCCGAGGAGGAACUACUACAUAUUCAGGCAGAACAUUUUGACAAAAUCCGUAAAUUUUUAGUAGAACAGCAAAGACAACAGUUAGAGGAACUUUUUGUUAUUCAGAGAAGGGAACAAAUGGAACUUCAGAAUGACAUUGCAAGUUACCAAAACAAUCUCAGGAAACAGGCAGAAUUCAGCAAUAUUUCUUACCUCAGUAAUAGCACUCAAUUCAAUCAGCCAAAUCUUCAACACUCACCCGAGAGCAAUGCAGCUUACAACAUGGGUCGACCAGAUGAGCCUUUCAACAUCAGCCACAUUAGUCACCAUGGUAACACAGCAGGAGUAGAUAACUACCAUGACACACAGCCUAAGCAGUUUGCCUACAUAUCUAGUCCUAGCCUUUACUUCAACCCCAAGGACCGGGAUAACAACUCCGACAUCAGUACCUUCAGUAGGGCCACCCCCAAACAGUCCCUCCAGUUUGUUAAUCACUCUACUCCCUCCCCUAAAUCCUUCAAACCUGUGAUGCAUUCUCCUGUUAAACAACCAUCAGUUGCGAGGCACAGUAAGCCAGUCAGGAUUCCAGAUAAGGCAUUCGAUGAUGACAUGCAGCCUUGCUUUGACCGAGUAUCAGCUUGUGUCAAAGGUUACUUGACUAGGCGAUUACUGAAGACAGAAAAAGUUCAGGAGAUUAUAAAAACUAUACAGGACACCAAGCAGUUUGCAUACAGCUUUCAGGCAGAGACUCCGAUCAAGAGGGGAGUUUUCUCUCAUCAGGACAGAGAUCUUCUAGAUAGGAUUAUAGCUCAGCUGCAGGCAGCUUUGCUUGACAUCCAUGAGAUUUUCUUUGAGAUCCCUGUGUAUGAAAGGAUGGCCCUUAUUGCACAUUCCAGACAGUUAUUGGAGGAGAAAAGGCUUAGAGACAGUAACAAUGUGAGAUCUAGUGUUUCUACCUCUCAGCCUAGAGUCAGCUCGGCAACAAUUAAGGCCAUGGAGAGAAAGCGCAAAGCAAAUGAAACGGAGGUAGCUGGGAAUUUGCGACCCCAGUCUGCACCAGCUGAAACAUCAAUGUCUAGACAUCCAGCUGCCCAGGUCAAUAACCAGUCUAUUGACUUCAGGGCAUUAAAGCCAAUACAAGGCCAGUCUACUGCAGUAAAUCCCUCCAGGGAGACUAACAAAUCCAAGCCUGGUGUGAUAUUGAGUAAGCCGGUGUCAUUGGCUGCUUCAAAAGCCAAGAAACCUGUGGCUGCAGGUGGAACAGUCACAGGAAAAACUACAACAAAGUCCUCUACCAGCAAUACAAAAACUAAAGCCGUCGUCAAGUCAAAGUUUACCAAGCCUGCAAGUGCGUGGAGAUAACACAGCCUUUCCCCUAAGAUACUGCUACACAACUGAGCCCCUGCCAUGCUGUUGUGCAUAUGAGCUUUUGCCAUACUGUGCCGAAACAUCCAGGAUGUGUAGGAUUUCACAGUGUUAGAGCAAUCAAGUCAGGAUUUUGACAGCAUUCUAAAUAUGUGAUUUGGAACUGGAGACUAGUUUUUGUUUCAAGAGAACUUCGUCUUUGAUAAAACAUCAUUGAGAUGAAAAUGGUGCAAAAGACAUCUAGUAUAGUGGAUGUUUUGAUUCAACUUAAAUGCUGGAUCAAUAGAUUUGGGAUUGUGCCAUAGAGUCCACAAGUCCAAAACACGAGGAUACUCUAAAUUUUAAAGUUUUGUUAACAUCACAAAUUAAAAUAUUGAAUUCCUCAAUGUUAACUAGCUCACUGAACAAAGAUUCACAUUAAUAUAUCUCUUAAGAUUGAUUUACAUUGGUUAUUAUCAAAAAGAGCCCAUCAUUUAUCAUUGACAUAUACAUGUACCGUUUUUGAAAACUGACCAUAAAAUUAGCUAGACAUGCAGUGCUGAUUACUAAUAAAAGUUGUUAGCUCUGCCAAAGAUCCACUAGUCCGAGAAAAUAACUGUCUUUUUCAAAAAUUAUUUUUAUUACACAUGUAAAACUAUAUUAGUUGUUACAUCAUCUGUCUUGCAGCUGGCAAAAGACAUCUUGGCUCUUCUUUGACAUAUAAGACUCAGUCAAGAUAACUUUGAUCCCAAUUAUAAUAACUGAUGAGUUCAGCCACUUGGCUUGAUAUGCUUUGCUAUCGGUACAAUUAGUUGAUCUGAGACAGAUUUAUCAAAGUAAAUUUUUAAUUAAUGGAAGUUUUAAUUCAUCCAAUUGGGCAUUGAUGUAAGCAAAUUUGUUUGUCUGCUGCAAAAUUUAUGGGUCUCUGUCAGGCACGUGGUUACUUCAAACACUGCAGGUAUACUUAAUCCCUCUGCAAUUCAUUAUUACUCAGCAAUAUGUUAUACAUGAAACUUCUUGAACAAAGAAAUCAUACUCAUGAUACUACUAUUUUUUUUCUUUCUGGGGAUGUGUUAAGAAAGCAAAACCUUAUUUAUAUUUUUUUAUGUAUACAUUUUCUUACACAUUUGGUGUUUUUGCAUUUAAUUACUGUAAAAAUGCACAAUAAUUUGUUCAGGUGAUAUUGAAUAACAUGUACAUAUAUACUGUAUGUACAUUAAUACUGCACACAUACAUGUUCCUUUCAAUAAAAACAAUGUCCAACUAU